CAGUCCAUUGCAACCUCGUGUCUCCUCUCCCGCCAUGGCGGCCAUCCCCGCCUUCUCCCUUUGUUCCCCUCUUCCCCUCUCCCCCAGGCCUAGAAAAGCACCAAUCGCGCCCCGUCGGCCGACGGCCCUCGCCAACACCUUGGAGGCUGAGCGCGGCGUCCAGUUCGAGACGGGCGACUCCUUCUUCCGCCGUGAGAGCGCCGUCGGCCGCGACCUCGGCGUCCUCUCUGCCGCCCUCCAUAGGCGCUCUCUCCCUCCUGGCGGCGGCCUCCGUGUCCUCGACGCCAUGUGCGGCUGCGGCGUCCGCUCCCUCCGCUACCUCGCCCAGGCCGGUGCCGCCUUCGUCUGGGCCAACGACGCGUCCGAGGGCUGCCGCCCCCUCAUCCUCUCCAACCUCUCCGGCCACCCCCGGGUCUCGCCCCAGGGCGACCGCAGCUGGGUCGUCACCCACCUCGACGCCAACAGGGUGCUCGCGGAGAACUACCUCCGCAAGGAGUUCUUCGAUCUCGUGGACGUCGAUUGCUUCGGGAGCGACUCCUCCUUCAUGAGACUGGCAAUUUCCACUAUCAGGAAGGGAGGAUUGCUGUACGUCACCUCCACCGAUGGGUAUUCGUCGGGAGGGCAUCGCCCUCAUUGUUCUUUGGCUUCAUACGGAGCAUAUGUUCGCCCAAUGCCAUUUUCGAAUGAGGUUGGUUUACGGAUGCUUAUAGGUGGUGCUUUACGGGAAGCAGCUGCUUUGGGCUAUCAUAUAUCACCACUUUUCUCUUUUUAUUCAUAUCAUGGACCUGUAUUCCGAGUAAUGUUGCAAGUGGAUCGCGGACAGCUCCAUGAAAAUAGCCGUUAUGGUUUCAUAAGCUACUGCCAUGGUUGCGGAAAUUCUCAAACAUUUUCUUGGGAAGAACUUGGCCAAAUUUCAUGUGCAUGCAGAAAAGGCGAGAUUUCCAAAUCUGUUGUUGUCUCAGGCCCUCUCUGGACUGGUCCUCUCCAUGAUGUAACUCAUGUGACUGACAUGUUACAAUUAGCUACGGAGUGGGGAUGGGCGUGCACUAACCGGAACGAGGUUGAUUUGGAGAAACUUCUAAACCAAAUGAUAGAGGAAGGGGACCCUCGACUACCUCCUGGAUACAUCAAACUUGACGAGAUUGCUAGCCGAGGGAAAAUGAAUUCUCCUCCUCUUAGUACCUUGAUUAACACACUACAAGAGGAAGGUUAUGUGGCUUCGAGGUCCCAUAUCGCGCCCAAUGCAAUCAAGACGAAUUGCCCGAUCGCUGAAUGUAUUCAGUUUGCUCGCAGACUUCGAUGCAGCACGAGCAACAGAAGGCCUCAUACAACAAAAUGGAUCAUGUAAUGCAUUGAAUCUCUCCUGAAAGGUAUAUCUGUUUUAAAGAGCCAAAAAUUUGUCAUUGCCAACAGAUCAAUCGAAAGACCUAUAGCAUUAAAAGUUGCAGCUGAAAUUAAUAGUGAAAUGAACUGAAAAAACAUUGAGAGGUCAUGUUCACUAGUCCAGAUGACCUUAACACAAACAAACACAAGACUCCCACA